AUGUCCUACUCAAGUUACGUUAUUUCAAGCGUGAACUACAAGCUCUCAGAGAAAGUUCCAGCCUUUGUGGACGCCUCUAGUGGAGAUCCAGGUAUGUGGUACUUUUCCGACUAUAAACUGAUUGAAAGGAUGACAUGGCAUCGUUUCUUGAAAGAGUUUAUUCAUAUGAAUUUGGGCAAAUUACGUUUUUGUGAUCAAAAGAGCCUAAUGACCGGUAGACAAAAUAAGAACGAGAAAAUCUCGACGUUUGGUGCAAGUUUUAGAAGUGAUCGGAUGAAGGGUGGAAAGUUAUACAGGACGUGUGGGAGAAUAGAAAAUCAAUUAACGCCUGAAGUUCACAUAGACCAGAUGUCGAGGAAUGUAUGA